ACGGUACCUGAUCCCCCCCAUUCACCAACCUUGAACUCCACCACUUCGAUAUUUGAUCGGCUGCAUCUAACUACAAAGUCACCCAAAACUCUUUCACUGGACAACUGACUUCUGGAGAUUGCGAUAACGAACAAGCCUAAGGGGCACUCAUAUUACUGUAGCUGGAGAUCCUGUCAACAACCUCGCCUUUUGCAACUCAGCGCCGACAUCGAUUUUCGUUGUCUACUUACCUACCUGACCUACUUACCUUAGACAUUAUCUCGCAAGAUCCAUCUCGCUGUCUUUCAUUCUCCUUUUCCGCCUCCGUGUUUUCUUUGACGAGACAACACCAACCCAGACAGUCUAUCGCCCAACAUGGCCAACGACGAAUAUGAUUUUCUCUUCAAAGUGGUGUUGAUUGGAGACUCGGGCGUUGGAAAGUCCAACCUACUUAGUCGAUUCACCCGAAACGAAUUCAAUUUGGACUCUAAGUCGACCAUCGGUGUCGAGUUCGCAACCCGAUCUAUUCAGGUCGAUUCCAAGACGAUCAAGGCACAGAUUUGGGAUACCGCUGGUCAGGAGCGAUAUCGCGCUAUCACCUCUGCUUAUUACCGAGGAGCGGUUGGUGCGCUACUCGUCUACGACAUUAGCAAGCAUCAGACCUAUGAGAACGUGACAAGAUGGCUCAAAGAACUUCGGGACCAUGCCGAUGCCAACAUCGUCAUCAUGCUGGUCGGUAACAAGAGCGAUUUACGGCACCUACGAGCUGUUCCCACAGAGGAAGCCAAAGCAUUUGCUAGCGAAAACCACCUCUCUUUCAUAGAAACUUCUGCUCUCGAUGCCAGCAACGUUGAGCUUGCCUUCCAGAACAUUCUCACCGAAAUCUACCGCAUCGUUUCGAGCAAAGCAUUGGACAGCGGCGAAGGGUCUCAAGCCCCGAUGGCAGGAACCAACAUUUCGUUGACCAAGUCUCCCGAUGAUGCCGCAAAGCAGGGUGGGAAGUGCUGUUAAUUCUUUUCACACGCUGCGGGACGAUACGACGUUUAUACGGCUGGUAUGAUGUUACGUAUAUGGCGUCACGUAUUGUCCGGAACGAGCAUUCUGGGAUUAAGUGAUGUCACAACGGGGUUCGGAAUAUUGACCUUGAACAGGACAUGACUCUCAUGUUUAUUUUCUUCUUUUCAUUAAUGUUCCUGGCCAUGGUCGGAGAUUUGACAGCUAGAGGUCACUAACAAGUCUAAUCUAACACAAUCGACGUUAGGUACUCACUGAAUGCCAUACUUUUUGUCUGAAGUAAUUCGAUGAAGUGCCUUGCCAUCGGGCUUCGUCAUUACUUUUCCAUGCUAUUGGAUUAAUAUGACAUGAUACAGUACAGCAAAGCGAACCUCUAGCUUCAAUAUUGUGUAAUAUCCAGGCAACUACUGGAAUCAUACUAUAUAUAAUACAGUUAUAUGCUACGUACAAAACAGCCCAAGUGAUUGCUAUAGUUCAUGCUUCUCUUCUUUCCAUGCAACGCUCUCCUCCCACAUACAUACCUACAUAGUAUGUAAAUUCGUUGUGUCUACCUACUGUACCUACCUAGUACUACGUAGGGUAGGGUAGAUGCG